AGCCAGCCCAGUCGGCAGGGAGUGUGUCAGUGUGUGUGCAGACGCAGGGGCUAACCUAACACUCCUCUAGCAGCACAGCUAGUCAGAUCAUUUGUCCACUCGCCAGUGUGUCUGAGAGUGUGUGUGGAGUCUUGAGGAGCUGCUCUCUACGACGUCACACACACGAGAGGGAGACCCACUAAGCAGAGGAAGGUCUCCAUCCUUACACAUUGGACUGAGGACAGUCAACAAGCCACGGUCAGUGACAGACAGACAGACAGAGUAACUUCUUCCAGAGUUGGAUGUGCUGGGGAGAUGAUGUGCUUUUGAAACCAACAAGCUGAAGUGGAUAUUAACCCCGUAUUGACAGAACCGGAGAACUCUCUGAAGGGACUUUCAGCUCUCAGCAAGGACCUCACUCCAGAAGAGAGAGAGAGAGAGAGAGAGUGUGUGUGUGUGUGUGUGUGUGUGUGUGUGUGUGUGUGUGUGUGUGUGAGCAUUUAUUGGUGUGUAUCAUCAUGGAUCAGCCAGCCAGCAGCUGCAUGCGGAGCGCCCACCCCGGCAGCCCCAUUUGGGGGUGCGUGAGGAACCCUCACCCCGGAGCAGGGCUCCAGUCCCCCUACCAGCAGGCCCCCUUCUCCCUGCACCAGAAGCCUGAGUUCCUGGCCUACACAGACUUCUCCACCUCCUGCCUGGUUCCCGCGCCCCACGCCAGCUUCCCCCGCGACGACAGACUCUACCCAGAGCCCCAUGCGGGCUUUCAGAGGGCCGACUGGCAGUUCCCCCAGUGUGAGACGCGGGGCCGGGGGCAGGAGGCCUGUCCGGUGGAGCCCGUGGCGGUGGGUGGUGAAGGAGUGGUGGGGGGCGUAGCGGGGGAGAUAGACAGCACAGGUGGGGACAGGCUGCCAGGGGCAGUGGCCGGGUGUCUUGAGGGGGAGUACUCGCCACAGAGCAUGGCAUCGGCCGACACAGAGAAGAAGAGCUCCAAGAGGAAGAGAGACAUAGCAGAUAUUCAGGACUUCAAGGUGGGCUCUAACUGCAAAGCGAGGAAAGAGCGCACAGCGUUCACCAAAGAGCAGCUCCGGGAACUGGAAACGGAGUUCACCCACCAUAACUACCUGACCAGACUGCGUCGCUAUGAGAUCGCUGUCAACCUGGACCUCACGGAGAGACAGGUGAAGGUGUGGUUCCAGAACAGGAGGAUGAAGUGGAAGAGGGUGAAAGGAGGACAGCCUGCUUCCCCUAACGACCUGGAGACAGACGACAUAGACUCUGCUGCCUCACCCAGCUCAGAGUGAGGGGAAACAGGCUGUCCUGAUAGGAGAACCCCCCCCCCCCACCCACCCCCCCCAACACAAACAUCCACAGAGAACACCAGCCAUCUUAUAAUAUCCCCGGAGAGUCGGCAGUCAGUCUGAACCCCAGUGUUUCCCCUUUUGUAAAUACUGUAGUAUUUGGUCUGACAAGGUCCAACGUCUUUUUUACCCUUCUCUGUUGAAUGAGGACAAUAUUAGAUCUAACUUGAAAGGGGUUGUAAUAUUUUCUAUACCCAUACAAUCUAACUCUUGGAGCAUUACUGCGAUGGGAGUAUUGGAAUAAAUAAAUGAAGGAAUGGAUUCAUCUUAGUGUAGACUGACUACAUGUUGCAGUUUAUCACCCUGCCCGAGUGAGCACUUGUAACUCAGCGAUGACAAGUCUGUGAUUUAGAUUUUUUUUUUUGAGAACAUCUCCUCAGUUCUCGAUCCGUAGUCAUGGUUGACUGCAGCCACCUGCGGACACUCAAACCGUUUCAGCGUCGCCAAACCUUAAGUGCCUCAAAAAUCUGAUUUUAUUCAAAGUUGUGUUGUUACGUUUUCCUAGAAUACACUUUUUCUGUCAAACAAGUUUGUCUUCUUUUUUUGUACUUUUCAGCUUUUUUCUUGCUUUUUUAACAUUUGAAAGAUAUUGAUGAAAUUCAGAUGUUGCCUAUUGAAAUCUGCUAAAAUGAAUAAA